AUGAAGGCUAAGACGAAACUCGGUAUGGGUUUGAAAACGAAGAAAAAGAAGAAAAACAAGCGAAUACUUUCGGUAACGAAACGCGGCGGUAUCCUGCCGAUCCUGUCGUUGUUGGGGGUUCUCGGAAAUCCGGCGACGGAGCCGGAAAUUGAAUUGUUUAAAGUACAGUGGCGAAUGCCUCACGUCACAUUAAACGAGGUCAAUAAGCUAUCCAUGCUACGGGCUUUGGAAAGCGGGCGAUAUCUUAGUGUCAGUUUCCGUUCGUGGGAUCUGUACGAGUACCCAAUGUUGCAGAGCACGACCAAGCAUUCGUGGGCCGUCAAAACGGCGACUCAGCUGGAGAAGCCGCGGUACGUUAUCUUUGCGCUGCAGACCGGCCGCAAGAAUAUCAUGUCGCAAGAUGUUAGCGUAUUCGAUGACUGUAACUUGACCAAUGUGAAACUUUAUCUGAACUCUGAAUUUUAUCCGUACGAUGACUUGAAUCUAGAUUUCGGCAAAAAUCGAUACGCCGUCCUUUUCGAUAUGUACGCGCGUUUUCGUAAAGCUUAUUACGGAUACAGCAGCUUUGAUACGCUUUGCAGCGUUUAUACAUUCUUAACGGAAGGACCUUUUGUCGUCAUUGAUUGCUCGCGACAAAACGAAUCUGUCAAGAGCGCCACCGUGGAUGUGCGAAUAGAAUUUGACUGUAAAGAGAAUGUACCGGCAAAUACUACAGCCUAUUGUCUCAUCUUGCAUGAUCGCGUAAUCGAAUACUGUCCGUUGUCGAACGUAGUGCGCAAAAUCAUGUAA